AGUGUCGCGAUUUUUCAUCUCGCUUCAGGUGGAAAGCUACAAUGUUGUGAAUGAAAAUAAUCCCAAAUGCCACUGCGUGGAAAUGAGAAUUAAGACGGGUUGAAGCAUUUGAUUAAACAGAAAAAAUAGAAACGCAAGGUUGUGUUGUGUGUGCUGUGCGGUGAAAGCAGAUAAGGCCCCCGAGAAGCUGCACUGUGCGUACGGGGUGAUGCAUAUUGCAUCUCAUUGUGGGAGAUAAUACUACACCAGCGAGUGCUUCACGUGUGGUGUUUCGCAAAUUUCGCAUAAUCUCAGUGCAGCUGACGGAUUACUGGUCGUGUGUGUUUUCCGUCAACCUGGUUCCUUUCGGCGGUGGCAAAUAGCGAAUGUUGUUGUGCCGUGACAUUGCUCAGCGGGAACGUGUUACUGGGUCCUGCGGUUUGGCUCAUUGCCUUGCGGACGCUUAAGAUUACAGUAGCCCAGCCGAGAAACCAUGGAAGAUUACAAAUUUCUGUUCAAAGUCGUCCUGGUGGGCAAUGCGGGCGUCGGUAAGACCUGCCUGGUGCGAAGAUUCACGCAGGGUCUCUUUCCACCAGGCCAGGGUGCAACGAUCGGGGUGGACUUCAUGAUCAAAACGGUCGAGGUGGACAAUCAGAAGAUAAAGCUACAAAUUUGGGAUACGGCCGGGCAGGAACGGUUUCGAUCGAUCACGCAAAGCUACUAUCGAUCCGCAUCCGCUCUUAUACUAGUGUACGACAUUAGCUGCCAACCCACGUUCGAUUGCUUGCCGGACUGGUUGCGAGAAAUCCAGGAGCACGCAAACUCCAAAGUGCUGAAAAUCCUUGUCGGCAACAAGACGGACCGGGACGAUCGUGAAAUACCGCAGGAGGUGGGUGCUGAAUUUGCGAAACAACACGGCAUGUACUUCCUCGAAACGUCCGCAAAACAGGCGGAUAAUGUGGAGCGACUGUUCUACGACAUUGCGGCCGUACUAAUUGAGCAAGCCCGCACGAAAGAGUUUACCUUGCGCAGUGAAACAAGCGUGUUGACGAAUCUCUCCCAAAAGACGAUCUACCAUCCGAGCUGCUGCAGCAUCGGCGAUCGGAACCAUGCCCGUAGCAGUAGCACCAGCGACGCACACUACUCGGACAGUUCCGGUCCGGCUAGCAUCGGUAGUAAUAGUGGUAAUUUUAUCACCCAGCAGUAGGGCACUAUGCAGAAUAACGAAUCGGAACCAAAAGAAGAUGACAAGAUGACAAGCCGGUACCACAAGUACGUAACACCGCCAGGAACUCAUCUUGGGGAGGGGAUAUAUGUGUGCGUGUUUUUUAAAAACAGGGGAAUGUCUGUUCCGAGCACAACGCGUCAUCACGUGCACACAAAAGACAUGAGAUUUUGAAAUGGUACCAAAUAGCAGAGGAAAAAACAGGAACCCAUUAUGUGUGCGGAAUGGCUGGGAGUUUGCAACAGGGGAUCGAAAUCGUUGAUGUAAGAUUUAAGGUUUUAGACUAUGUUCCUGUGUUAAUUUUAGCGAUAAAUAAAUGAAUUUACAGA